AAAAGGAGGUAAAAUUGGAGAUAUAUGGGCAGCGAAUCUAAAAGAAGGCUGUAACGCUAUGAAACCUUGGCUAGCGAAACUCUCCGGUUUGACAGAGGUAGAAUACGAUUCAGUACUUCAAUAUAUUUUCGAUCAUGAAAUUGAAGAGUAUAAUGUAUAUCAUAAUCAUCACAAAGUAUGG